AUGAGACCCGCUCCCAUUCUCAUCUUCCUCGCCUCCCUCGCCGGCGCCGCCAUGGCCGACACGAAGUGGGGAGGCCCUGCCCCCAAAGACGACAGAAUGAGCCUCGACCCCCUUCCCGAGUGCUGGCAGGAGUGCUUCAACGAGGGUAACAAACUCAGCAAGCCCUGGGACGUCAACACGAUAUCGAAGCGGGACUUCUGCGAAGACAAGUACUUCGCGGUCUCCUACUGGCGGGGCUACACCUUGAACCCCUGCACCGCCAAAAAGUGUCCCAACAAGGAGGUCCACAACACGGCUAGGAAAUGGUACAGGGAGAUGUGCGAGCCUUACCUCGGCGAUGACCUCUAA